AUGUGUGAUGUCUUCUCAUCAUUAGUUCCAGCAGGAGAGGUGCACUCGCGGCUAGAAGACUUACAGCGCAGGGGGCAGCGUCAGCAACGACGGCCCCAUGCUCCCAGCAAAGACCUGGAUUCUGCCAGGACCAACGUCUCUGACUCAACACAGUCAGCAACUGAACUUGAUGGCAGUACAUCCGCCGAUGCCACAGCCCAGUCUGGCAGCGGCUCUCGUAGAGACCUUGAGGCCAGCCAAAAGGAUGAGGCGCAAGGGUCUGCCAAUGGUCAGCCCACCAAGCAGUCAGAGGCAGCAAUCGAGGCCGACAUGCAUAGAAGCUCUGAGAUUGCUCAGCCUGCUGCAGAGCCAUCCACAGGCCAGGCAGGCGAUGAGGGAUUGUGGGCAGACAUGGCAGAGGAAUAUUGUGGCACUGAGGAGGAGCACCUGGAGGCAGCUCUGCAUGAGGACACCAGAAAUGGGCAGACGUGCGGGGUCAGUCCAGCGGAUAGCGCUGAGGGUGACAGCGAGGCUGAGAGGAAUCGCAGGGCAGCGCAAUUCUUCAGGGCUGCACAGCAGACCAUGGCCCAGCAGCGCGCAGCCGCUAUCGACGGCGUCGGCUGCUUCUCAAUCUGCAAAGAGGCGCCAGCCGGCCUAGAGCACGUGCAAUCAGGCAUCACACAAGAGAUGCUGGCCCUGGCGCUCGAUGAGAGCGUGCAGCAGAUGAAUACAUCUCCUUGGGUGCCCGGCGGCCACCCCAGCACAUCAGCAGACGCCGCUGCUGAAGGAGGCAGUGUGGAGCGCUCGGCCGCAUCGGCACAGGAGGCCAGAUACAAACAGCGGAUGAUGCCGCAGGAGUGGGUGGCGACAGAUAACCUCCUCCUGACACCUCAGAUGGGAGGUGUGCCGAUGCGGCCGGUGUCGCCACAGCCCGUACCGGGCAGCAAGCCCUUGGAGAAGCGGCUGGAGGGGCAUGUGGAGUCAAAGAGCGCCCCCCACACGCACCGGAGCAACACCGGUACUAGCAGCGGGGGCGACAGCGGAAUGUUCUCAAUACAGAGCCUGGACGGCCCUUCAGCCACGGACGCUGCAGGGCACCCGCCUGGGAGCAAUGAGCAGGCGUCAAAAGAGCACCCCUCAGCCUCAGCCCCAGCAGCUGCGGCGCAGCCGGGAGCCACCGCAACACAGCUGCCGCCAGCUGCCGUGCUGGAUACGGCCAUGCCGCCAAGCAUCCAGCAGACAGUGACAUUGGGAGAGGCCGCGCUAGCACCGCACUCCCAGCUUGCGGGGUCCAGCGCUGCAGGGAGCUCGCGUGCCUCCGCUACAGAGGAUCAGCGUGCGGCAGGAUCCUCAGAUGAGCGUCAGACGGCGCUUGGGCAGCUCAGCGGCGGCGAUGCACCGCCGCCAACACAGCAGCCGCGCACUCCGCGCAUCGGCCUAUCCGCCAUCCUGGACAGCGAGGCCGAUAAGCCGGGAUGCAGCCGCGUGCUGAGCAACAUCCCGUCGGUGUCACCCCAGCCGCCAGUGCAGCGCCAGCACGGCGGAGGUCUGAACCUGUGGCUGGGACGCAACCUUCUGACGGCUGAUGACGUGGCGGCGCGCGUGGCGGCGGCCGGUGCAGCUCAUGCAGCGAUUGUUGCAUCAGGUAGGGCGGCGGUGGCUGCAGCAGCGAAAGCGGCGGCCGCUGCAGCAGAUCAUUCAGGCGGCAAGCCUGGAAGUGUUCCCUUCAGCCUGAUCUCAGAGCUGUGGCCCGAGUCAGAGUACAGCAUCACAGCAACAGAGACGCCUGCUGAGUUGCCCACUUGCAAUGCAGAUGCUGCAGCAGCCCAUGCAGGCAGUGGCUCUGGCCGCGAUGCUUUCAGCCUGAGUUCAGAGCUGGUGCCAGAGGAAGUAUACAGCAUUGCAGGAACAGUAACGCCUGCUGGCUUGCCCGUCCGCAUUUCAGAUGCUACCGCUGUGAGCACAGAGGAUGCUGCAGCAGCUGAUGCAGCCAGUGGCUCUGGCCAAGUUGCCUUCAGCCUCAGCUCAGAGCUGUCACGAGAGGAAGCAUACAGCAUUGCAGGAACAGGAUCGCCUGCUGACUUGCCUGCUCCCAUUGCACAUGCCGCACGUGCAGAUGCCAAUGCAGCCAGCGGCUCUGGCCGUGUUGCCUUCAGCCUGAGCUCAGAGCUGUCAGCAGAGGAAACGGACAGCGUUGCAGGAUCAGGAACGCCUGAUGACAGGCCCGCUCCAGCCGCAUCUGGAGACCCCAGCAGGGAGCAUGCACCAGCAGGGACCGGUCACUGCAAGCCCCCACCUGACGCAGCGACAUCUUUGGAAUCUGGAGAGAGGAUCGGUGCAGCAAAGCGGGAAGAGAGCGGUCCCACGUUUGCCCCAGGCACCGGCAAGAUGCCCAUUCAGCCGGCCACGAGCGGCCUGACAGCGCAGUUGCGCGGCAAGGCGGCGGCCUCCGGGCCCGGGGGGCAACAUGGGGCUGACGGGGACAAGGUGGGCGCGUUCUGGCCGAAGGGCGGCAGGAAGCGGGUGGUCAAGCAGACGGCGUUGUUGGGCACCUUCAGCCCGGCGGAGUCAGCCGGGGACGAAUUCGAAGACACCCCCGACAAGCUUUUCGGGUCCAUGUCCCUCGGCAACUGCACGCCACUCAGCUCAGAGGCCGCAGAGACAGCAGCAGGGCGUGAGAUGGGCGCUGGCACGAGUGAGAUGCAGCAGAUCCCUAUUACAGGGAUUGCAGACGAGCGCACAGCACAGGUGCACGUACAGGUGGAAAUGCAGGCAGCAGGUCCGUCGGAUGAGGAGUCAGAGGGCCAGCCGCUGAGUCAGCAGGCAGGCAAUGGAAAUCUAGAGGGAGAGGGUGAGAUGGAUGAGGCGCUGUCUGUCAUGCGGAGCGCUGGUGCAGAGGCAGAGGUCAGUGGCUGCAUGGCAGAUUCAGCGUCAGCAGCUGAUGACGAGGACAUGAGUAAGGAUGAAGAGAUUGUGUACGAGAUGGACCCUCAGCAGCCGCUCUGCUGGUCGCCCUCACUUUCACGCAUGCUGGAGGAGACAGUGAGCUCGCUCUUUGCUGCCACGCCACCCAAGAUGCCUGGCGAGGCAGGUGAUAACAGCGCAGAUGCAGAGACAUAG